AACAAAACAAUAAUUAAUUAUUGAAUUCCAUCGGAAAACAAAACAUAAUAAUAAAGACACGAAACUUAAGACUCUCCCCCUCUUUGUUACCCAAACGCUUAGACAGAAAACGGUUCGACUAAAGUUCUCCCGCAACAUCCGGUGAGAUUUCCGAUUCAGGCGGAGGAAGUGGAAUUGCAUUGAGGAUUUUGCUUUACUCUUGGUGCUGGGAUAAUUUGAUUGUCAUGGCGAUGAAAUCAUACCAAAUUAACGCGGAGCUGCUGCUGAAGGAAUAUUUACUAGCUGGUCCUUUGAUUCCGUACACUUCUAUCACAGGUGGCAUUUUUGCUUGCAAGAUGGUCUAUGAUCUUACCAGCUUGUUCAGUGCUGUUUAUUUUAAGAGCUAUUCCAACCUCACCAAUUUGCAACGUAUUGAAUGGAACAACCGUGCUAUAUCCACUUUCCAUGCUGUUUUCAUUACAAUGAUGUCAUUAUACUUUGUAUUUUGCUCUGAUCUCUUCUCUGACCAACCUCACGCUGGCCUUGUUACAUUUCGGAGUUCUGCACUGUCUACAUUUGCAUUGGGGGUUUCUGCUGGUUAUUUCAUUGCUGACCUUGGGAUGAUUAUUUGGUUUUAUCCUUCUCUGGGUGGGAUGGAAUAUGUGAUUCAUCAUUCUCUUUCCCUGAUUGCUGUGGCAUAUUCGAUGUUGACUGGGGAGGGGCAACUUUACACCUACAUGGUUCUUAUCUCUGAGACAACUACUCCUGGAAUCAAUUUGAGAUGGUAUCUUGACACAGCUGGAAUGAAGAAGUCUAAAGCAUAUCUCUUAAACGGGGUUGUGAUAUUCUUCGCUUGGUUUGUUGCUAGGAUACUCUUGUUUAUCUACCUGUUUUACCAUGUCUUCCUGCACCAAUAUCAGGUCAAGCAAAUGCACUCCUUUGGACGACUCCUGGCACUGGUAGUGCCAGUAGUGCUAUCUGUCAUGAAUUUGAUGUGGUUUUGGAAGAUUUUCAAAGGAAUGAAAAAAACAUUAGCAAAGCGGCACUGAAUAACAUAUCUAAACUGUAGUUGUGCAAACAAGGAAGUAGGCUGCUGCAUAUACAUCGGCUCGUGCUACUCAUCUGGUGUGUUUAUUUUGUGCGUUCUCUCCCCCGUUAUUGUGCACAUGCACACUUGUAAAUGGUUUUUCCACAAUAGGAAGCGUUCUUAAAAAAGUAUAUAUAUAUAUAUAUAUAUAUAUUCUUUUUUCUAUUUGUUUACCGUUGAAUGUAGAUCCAAUUCUAUAGAAGAAAUUGAAUAAGAAACUUUACUGCUCGAA